CUCUUCUGGGGCUCAUUCCUCCCGGUUCCCCCUCUUCCUUCUCUGACUUCGCUCGGACGCGCUCAGCCAUUUGAGGGGGCACCUAUAUUUCCCAGCAUCUCGAAACAUAUAGGCAAAUGGAGCAAACCUAUGGAGAGGUGAACCAGCUCGGCGGCGUGUUCGUCAAUGGGCGACCCCUGCCCAACGCCAUCAGGUUAAGAAUAGUCGAGCUGGCCCAGCUCGGGAUUAGACCCUGUGAUAUAAGCCGGCAACUUCGGGUCUCCCACGGCUGCGUGAGCAAGAUUCUGGCGAGGUACAACGAGACCGGCUCCAUCUUACCCGGUGCCAUCGGUGGAAGCAAGCCCCGGGUCACGACGCCUAACGUGGUGAAAAAUAUCAGGGAAUACAAACAAAAUGACCCCGGGAUCUUUGCCUGGGAGAUCCGGGACAGGCUUUUGGCUGACGGGGUUUGUGACAAGUACAAUGUCCCCUCGGUGAGCUCGAUCAGCAGGAUUUUACGCAACAAGAUUGGAAAUCUCUCCCAGCCGAACCAGUAUGAGAGCAGCAAGCAAGCGUCCGCGCAGGCCGGGCUCUCCUACAACCACAUAUACCCUUAUUCCUACCCCAACACCAUGUCGCCCACUAGCACUAAAAUGGGCAGCCCCCCUGGAGUACCGGUGACGGCUGGACAUGUGAGCAUAUCCAGGGCCUGGCCUUCGGCGCACACCGUCAGCAACAUCCUCGGAAUACGAGCCUUCAUGGAUCCCACAGCAAUUGCUGGGACGGAGGGAUACCCACCAAAAAUGGAGGAGUGGAGUAGCGUCAACAGAGCAGCUUUCCCAGCGGCUCACACAGUCAACGGGAUUGACAAAUCAGCCAUUGACGCCGACAUAAAAUAUGCUCAGCCUUCCUCGACGCUAUCCAGUUAUGUCUCGGCGUGCGCUUACUCUCCGACCAACCAGUACGGGGUGUACAGCGGGCCAGCGGGCGGCUACGUGGCCCCGGGUCACCACCACUGGCAGCCGCAGAGCCCGGCCCUGUCCCACGCAGGCGGCGGGAUGAGCAUGCAUGCGGGGGAGAUCCACUCACCCAUGGCCUUUAAGCAUCAGAACCGAGAAGGAGACAGAAAACCGCCCAGUCCCCUGAGCAAGCAGCAGCAGCAGCAACAUGAAGACUUGAACAGUGUGCACGGACUCAGUCUCCCUACCUCAUCAUCAUAACCGGGACUUAUAACACCUAAAAAGAAAAAAAAAAAACAUUUAACUGAACUCAUUUCAACAACUCCAACAGUAAGUGUGAACACUACCGGCUUUGUUUGUGUGUGACAGUCAAACACAGGCCCGUUCAAUGGAGAGUACAGUACAGCUUUAUCGGCCUCUUCUUGGCCACAUGAAUGUAAGCUUGCAUGGAUGUAUCGGUGUUUCCCCUCCUCACUGGUUGAUUGGUUUUAUUUUCUUACUUUCAGUUGAAAUAUGUUGCUACAGGCUGUAUAUUCUCUAGAAUGGAGACUGCAGGAUUGUUUUUUUUUUUAAACCAAAGAAUACAUUUUUUUUUUUUAAAUCUGUCGCCCUGUCAUUGAGGUUUUUAUUAUAAAACAAGGGCUAUUCUGUAAUAUUCCGACAUAUGUUAUAUUAUCUUCUGGUCAUGAAAUCGAUUCUACAGUGGCUCAAUGAUGUGAACAAAAAAAAAAUGAAAUUGUCUAAAUGUAAAAAAAAUAUUUGCCAAAGCUUUAAUUAUAUAUUU